AUGUAUCAGGGUGUAUAUCGGGGGACAUUCAAGCAUGAGCCGGAUUUGGACGAGGUGUUGGCUCGGGCGGAUGCUGCGGGUGUCCGCGCCAUCAUGAUCACCGGCACCGACGUCGUCGAGUCAACCAAAGCUGUGGAUAUGGUGGCCCGGGGCGGAGGUAGUGCGGAAGAUGGCCGGCCUGAACUCUAUGCCACGGUUGGAGUGCAUCCGACGCGGGCUGGUGUGUUUGAUGAUGACGGCGAGGGCGCCGUCGUUGAGCGCCUGCGGACGCUCGUUGUCCGCGGUGGCGACAAAGUCCUCGCCGUGGGCGAGACCGGCAUCGAUCACAACAGAGCCCACUUUUGUCCCCUCGAGGUGCAGGCCAAGUACUUUGAGACCCAGAUCCAGCUUGCCCGCGAGCUCGACAAACCGCUCUUCCUCCACUAUCGCAACGACGAUGCAGAGCCGGACUCGCCGUUCUUCUCCAUCCUCGCCGCCCACGCCGGCGCCAUUCGCGGUGUCGUCCACUCGUUCACUGGCUCGCCCAGUGAGAUCGAGACCAUUGUUGGCCUCGGCCUCUAUGUCGGUAUCAAUGGCUGCUCGCUCCGAACCGAAGCCAACUGUGAUGCUGUCCGCACCAUCCCGCUCGAACGGCUGCUGCUCGAGACCGACGCGCCGUGGUGCGACAUUCGGCGGACACACCACGGGUACAGCCAUGUUGUCACUCACUUUGAAGGCGCCAAGAAGGCUAAGGCCUUUGUCCGCGGCUCGAUGGUCAAGUCGCGCAACGAGCCGGCCACCAUGCGCCAGGUCCUCGAGGUUGUCUACGGCCUGCGCGCAGCUGUCGACAACCUCGAGUCGAUCGACGCUUUUGCCGCCAUCAUCUACGCCAACUCGGAACGUUUGCUUCUGGGUCGGCCGUGAGUUGCUCGGGCCUGUUGUGCUCGUCACGUGUACGCUGCCAGAUACUCGUCUAUCGAGUCGAGCAGAAGCGUGUCGUCGACGGUGAGCCCAAACUCGUCAUCGCCGAUGUCGCCGGCUUCAUUCCCGCCGUCAUCGGACACAACAGACGCGUUUGAGCUCUCGGCAUCGCUCCAGUUGUCGUUGUGGCUGUGGAUUGGGGAUGUUCGUGCGUCGUUCCACCGCCACCCCUGCUUUCCAACCAGCAUCGACGAGACAAAACCCGGUGCAUCAUCCCAGCGCGCAGACUCGUUGCCAUCGCGUUGGUCCGCAAUCGAGUCUGCGCUCGAUGUUAUCGAAGCCUCCGGCGAGUAAAUAGCAGGUACCGGA